AUGUCGCACAUUUUCUUUAACUCCACAGUUGGGCUUCUUGAAUUUCUUGUCUGUUAAAAAGGCUAUUAUCCAUUUGUAGUGUCUAGUUUAUUUCUUUUGAAAACUGGUCUGCUUGGAUUCUCAUGCUAAUUAUCCUUCCUGCCCUCUGUUCCUAGUAUCAGCAUCCAAAUUCUCCACAAUCCGUUUAUGAACGCUGUCACAAAGUCCUGUGCUUGUGAAAAAAAGACCUUGGAGACUAACACAGAGGGUUUCCACAGAAGGGGAGAAAAUAGUUUUCUAACGAUUGUGGUAUUUACAGGAUCUGGGCUGUUUUUUUUAUCAACUUUAAGGUGAUCCAUGUCUUCCUCAGCCUGCCAGUGGAUUUCUCCGCGCUCAAUUUUCUGCAGCAGCCUAUUGGUGUUGUGUUUUCUUAGCAUAUUCCUCAUUUACUACAAUCCUGACUUCAAUUACGCCAAUGUUGGCUCUUACUUGGAGAGAGGCCGUCAAUUCUGUCCUACCAUGCUGUGUACAGAGAAAGCACAGACCCAGGACUCAGACCAAAACAGUCCCACAGAGCUGCACCCACAUCCCAGUGACACCCAGGAGAACCAGACAAUAGCAGUGGACGCUGAGCCUGACACUAUUUUAUUGAUCUGGAUGUGGCCGUUUGGCUAUAGAUUUGAUCUCAGCUGCAAUAUUUUCAAUAUCACAAGAUGUCGCUUAACAGAUGACAAGACUCUUUACCAUAAAGCCCAUGGGGUCUUCUUCCACCACAGGGACAUAAAUUACAAUUUGGUAAACAUGCCAAAAGAGCCGCGUCCAUCUUUUCAGAAAUGGGUGUGGUCAAACAUGGAGUCACCAGCAAACGCAGGUCAAAUCCCAAAACUUAAUGACUUAUUCAACUUGACAUGCACUUAUCGCCUUGAUUCAAAUAUUCCAGUGCCUUAUGGGUAUCAAAUGCCACUGACAUCAAAAGAGGAGAGUUUCAAACUGCCAGCAAAGGACAAGUUGGUGUGUUGGAUUGUGAGCAACUUGAACGCAAAUCAUGAGAGAGUUAAGUUCUAUAAUGAACUGAAGAAAUACAUCAAGAUUCAUGCUUACGGAAAGGGGUUCGGCCAACGUAUAAGUGACGAAGACUAUUCAAAGAUCGUUUCUAGUUGUAAAUUCUACCUAUCCUUUGAAAACUCUAUCUACAAAGACUAUAUCACGGAGAAGUUAUACAAACCUAUGAUGAAGGGAAGUGUACCAAUAGUUCUGGGCCCUUCAAGACCAAGUUAUGAGAACCAUAUCAGAGCUGAUUCUUUCAUUCAUGUCAAUGACUUUUCCUCUCCAAAGGAACUGGCAGACAGGCUCCUUUACCUUGAUCAAAACAAUUCUGAGUACAUGAGAUACUUUACCUGGACAAGCAAGUUCAAAGUUCGAACGAUCCACUUUGGAAAAGAACACGCUUGCAAAACGUGUAGUUACUUACAAAAACACAGAGAGUACCAAGCUGUUCAUGAUCUCAACAAAUGGUACUGGGGUUAACAGUCACGGACAAUAAUGUACUGAAGUAGGGCUGCACGAUAUAUCAUUUCAGCAUCGAAAUCAUGCGUGCAUGCGCAAUAGUCACAUCGUAGGACGUGCAAUGUCGAUUGAAACACUGGGUUGUGGGGUUGCACAUGUAGUUUUACAUAUAUACUUAUGAAAGUUAGACAAUGCUAAAUCUAAUCUAACCUACCCAAGUUCUCCCCCGCUACACCGCUGCUCCGCGCCCUUCACUGGUUAUCAUUGGAAUCUGCUUCAAGACUCUGGUGCUACCGUGCUGUGAAUGGAUCAGCCCCUUCCUACAUCCAAGCCACGGUCAAACCAAACACCCCAGCGCGUUCACUUUGCUCUGCAUUGGCCUCGCAUUGGACUCGCCACUCUCUCACUACGAGUGGGACUCAGAUUCCCCUCAAACACAACCCGCCUGUUUGCUAUCCUGGCUCCAAAAUGGUGGAAGGACGCCCCCCCCAAUUGAUGUCAGGACAGCAGACAGUCUUCACACCU